GGACAAGAUGAAAUUGAGGCUGUGCAUGAAAGUUUACAACAUACCUGUAGGGUUCUUGGAAGCAAAAUACGUGAACUUAUAAUAUGUUCUAUAUAUGCGAACCUUCCUCCUGAUAUGCAAGCUAAAUUUUUCGAGCCAACACCUCAUGUAGCUCGAAAGUCCAAAAACAAGAAUGGAAUCAUUGUUAGUUUUUCCAGUAGUGUUCAAGAGCUUCAGCAGUUCAGAGCUGGACGUGUUGAACCAGGCCAUUGUUUCAGAUUAUAUACUCAACAUGCGUUACAUGCGUUUCACAACGAGUUGAAAGAAAAUACUGUUCCUGAAAUUCAAAUAACUAAUUUAGCUAAUGUGGUUUUAUCAUUAAAGCAUAAUCUAUGUUAUCUUAGUCAAUUGUGUCAGCAAGGAUUUCACGUUUUGGUGAGUCAUACUAAAAAGCAAAAUAUGGAGUAUAUUCGUCAAGUAAUGGAAAUUAACCCUGAAUGGUUAACGGAAGCUGUUCCAUAUUAUUAUUCAAAAUCAGAAUUGGAUAAUUUUGAUG